UUUCCAUUUAAAUGGUUGAAGAGAAACAGAGACGCAUCCUCAGCUCCAGGCGCUCACACACAGGAGUUAUACAGCAGUGCGGUUAGGAGGCACUCUCACAUUCAAACAGCGAUUACAGCAAGGGAAGUUUGGUGGAGCAACUUUUGGGGUCAAAUGGUUCAGAGACAUUUAAUCAGUAUGGAAUCGUGGAUGUUGCUGGGGUGUGUGUUGGCUCUGUGUGGUGAAGCCGAUGCUUUCUUUGAAUGGAUGAAGAAGGUGGCACCAGCUCCGGCCGCGGUGCCUCCAGCUAUGCCCACUCAUCAGACUGCUGUCCGGAGUGAUGCCCCACCAUUUGAGAUGAGUGUCACUGAUGAGAAGAUUUUGGCUGAGGCGAAAAUGAUGGAUAUGAGUCCUCUUGACAGCUGCCAUUUUAGAGUUGUCUCUCAGCUUAAGGCUACCUGCAAUGGCCUUUCAGAAGAACAGCUGGCAAAACUGGGAGUGGCUUUGUUCAACUGCCAGUCAGAAGUAGAGGGACGCAGGACUUUCCUGUGUACUGAGGAGAUGUCCAUUAAAGAGUGCACAGCCGACAUGGAUUCAGAUACCUGGAACGCAUACCACAUUGUCAGCAACCGUGCACGCUCAGUGUGUUAUGCCACACGUCAGCAGCAGUUUCGAAGGCAGACUGAGCUUACUGUGAACGCCCUGAUCUCAACAGCAACAAACCAGCUGGAUGCUAUGAAAGACCUGAAGGAGGGUCAGCGUGAACUACGGGACAUGACUGCUGCAUCACUGGACAGGCUGUUGGAGGGUCACAGUGCUCUGCAGCUCCAGCAGGGGGCACUAAAGGAGGGCCAGGAGCAGUUGGAUGCUUCAAUCUCGGCCAAUUUGCAGAGGUUGGCACAGGAGAAGGCUCUGAUCAGCACUGGGCAGCAGCUGGUGGCACAGCUUAUCCAGGGAGUUACACAGAGAAUAGAGAAUGUCAGUGAGCAGCUGAAAAGUCAAGGUACAGACGUGCAGGAAGGUCAUCAGGCUAUUCUGAAUGACCUGGCUGAAGUCAGAGGGCGUGCACAAGAGAUCUACAGUAAAAUGGAGCUUAAUAUGAAUGGGGUCCUACAGCAGCAGAACACAACAGUUCAGUUCUACGCUGAGCUCAUGAGAAAGCUGGAACGCAUGAACAGCACUCUGGGAUACAUGCUGACAUACCUGGACAGCAUGCAGAGUAGGCUAGAGGAUAGACUACAUAUGAUCCAAGGAUACCUGGGAUGGGCUGGUCUGAGCCUGCGUGCUGUUUGGAUAUGUGUGAUGCAUGCUGGAUAUUUCCUGUUCUCUGCGGUCCUGCUGUCCUUCUUGCAGUGUCCCACAUUUUCCCGUGCCUCUCUGCUCAUCACUGUGCCCAUCAACGCCAUCGCUGAGAUCAAUCAGCAGUCAGCUCUCGACCUGGUCACGCUCUCUCUGCUCCUCUUUACACUCUCACUGGCACGUUGGUUUGUGCUGCAGUUGUUGUGGGCUCUGUCUAACCUGAAGGGCCAGAAGUGCAGUGAUGUUCAUGCUGCUCUUCUGGCUCCUCCAGUUGAGAAGACUCCUGAACAAUCCCCAAUCCCUGCGUACAGUCCAGCAACCUCCUCAACACCUCUAGAAGGAGACCUCGACUGUGAUUUGGAGUCAGAGGUGCCAUGUCAGGACCAAUACAGCUUUAUGACAGGUGAUCCGUGCAUGGUGGCUUUAUCUCCGUCCCACACGUAUAGGCCACCCAGCCAUGGGCGUCUAUCCGUAGGUACCCCCAGCCAUUCUACACCCAGACUGAAGAGUCGACAUGGCCUCGGAGGAGCUGUUCUUGAGAGCAUUACCCAGAGGAACCUGGGAGGUGUCUUGGAUGCAGUCAGCCACUCCCGGAGCUCCAGCCCCAAUCAGUCAAUCGCCAGCAACAGCUCUUUCUCGGGGCGUCCUCUGUGUAGUGGCACCACCAGGCUGGGACAGCCGUGUAAGAAGAGGGCACUGGCAGGUCAGGACUUCUGUCGGGUCCAUGAAGGGGGACACAACUCCUAUAGUCACCUGUGAAAAGCUGUGUAGCACUCCACUGCCACCUGUAGCACCUGCGAGUGUACUGUGUAUAUCUUGUGUUUUCUCCAGUAUCAGCACUUCAUUUGUUUGAACAUUUUGUCCUGUUUUUAGUCAUCCUAUCUAUGAAUAUAAAAUAGUGUAAAGUA